GCGGGUUUCCGGAGACUGAGGUUACUGCCGGUCAGUUACCUGAGGAGGAGGCGGCGGUCGUGGCGACACUGACACUGGGAGCGAAACUGAGCAACAGCCGGAGGACGUGUCUUCUCCAUCACCAACAGCCUCCGCCGAUUCAAGAAGUAAGAAGAUUAUUCCGAGCAGACAGUUCUAUCUCGCAAGUCUUGGCUUCCAAAGACUAACAGACAGUAGUUUUGCCACAAGUAAUGCUUGUGUUCUCGCAUUGCUGCCUUCGGUAAACAACUACUGCCGCCGCUUUAUAAGUUUGCCUUAAGAACCCAAAGAAUAUUGAGUGGAGGCGAGCACAGAGCCCAAAUAGUAAUACCAGCAUCAUGAAGCUUAAAGCAGAAGUGUGCACUGUUGUAUUGCUGCCUGUCUACUUUUUAAUGUUUGUGUACAGCACUCUCACGUUUUUACCAUGGUAUUUUCUCACCAAUGCGAAAAAUAGAAAGGCUAUGGCAAAAAGGAUAAAAGCAAAGCCUGUUUCGGAGAAAAUCGGAAGCCCCUUCCGGGCACUUAGCCACUUUGAUUCGCUGGCCACCAUAGACAUUCCCGGAGCUGACACAUUGGACAAACUCUUUCAACAUGCAGUGGCUAAUUUUGGCAAGAAAGAUUGUCUCGGUACAAGGGAGAUCCUGUGCGAGGAGAAUGAGAAGCAACCAAACGGCAAAGUUUUCAAGAAGUUAAUUUUAGGGGAAUAUAAGUGGUUAAGCUAUGAAGAAGUGAAUACAAGAGUUCACCACCUUGGUAGCGGGCUGGCUGCACUGAAUCUGAAGCCAAAGGGCACAGUUGCCAUUUUCUGUGAGACCAGAGCAGAGUGGAUGAUCACUGCCCAAGCGUGCUUCAAGUACAACUUCCCUUUGGUCACGUUGUACGCUACACUUGGCGAGGAUGCAGUUUCCUAUGGCCUAAAUGAGUCUGGAGCUACGCACCUUAUUACCAGUUCUGAGCUGCUAGAGACAAAGCUGAAGGGUGUGUUGUCACAAAUUAGCAACAUAAAGUGCAUUAUCUAUGUCGGUAAGAAGAACAUUGACAAAGCAGAAUAUCCUGCAGAUCGAGAACUAUAUCACAUAGAGGAAGUGGAGGAGUUGGGUGCCAAACCAGAAAACUUGAACAACCCACCAAGCCGACCUUUGCCGACAGACCUAGCGGUUGUGAUGUAUACCAGUGGUUCAACUGGCAGACCAAAAGGUGUGAUGAUGAUUCACAGCAAUUUAAUAGCUGGCAUGGCUGGACAAUGUGAACGGAUACCUGGACUUGGGCCCAAAGACACUUAUAUUGGAUACUUGCCUUUAGCACAUGUACUAGAGAUGACUGCAGAGAUCUCAUGUGUUACCUAUGGAUGCAGAAUUGGUUACUCCUCUCCACUAACACUAUCAGACCAGUCCAGUAAAAUUAAGAAGGGAAGCAAAGGUGACUGUUCUGUACUGAGGCCUACACUGAUGGCUGCUGUGCCUGAAAUAAUGGAUCGCAUUUACAAGAAUGUCAUGAGCAAAGUUCAAGAAAUGAAUGUUUUCCAGAGAACCCUGUUCAAGCUUGGCUAUGACUACAAGCUGGAGCAAAUAAAGAAGGGAUAUGAUGCUCCCUUAUGUAAUGUGAUACUUUUCAAAAAGGUGAAGGCUUUAUUAGGAGGGAAUGUCCGUAUGAUGCUGUGCGGCGGGGCUCCCUUAUCUCCGCAGACCCAAAGAUUUAUGAACAUUUGUUUCUGCUGUCCGGUUGGUCAGGGUUAUGGACUGACAGAAACUUGUGGGGCUGGAACCAUCACUGAAGUAUCUGACUACAGCACUGGUAGAGUGGGCGCUCCUCUUACCUGCUGUGAAAUCAAACUCCGUGCCUGGGUUGAAGGAGGUUAUACAAAUGAUGACAAGCCCCACCCAAGGGGUGAAAUAGUUAUUGGGGGACAUAAUGUUUCAAUGGGUUACUUCAAAAAUGAUGAAAAGAGCUUAGAGGAUUUCUAUGUAGAUGAAAACGGUCAGAGGUGGUUCUGCACAGGAGAUAUAGGGGAGUUUCACCCUGAUGGCUGCUUGCAAAUAAUUGAUAGGAAGAAGGAUUUGGUCAAGUUGCAGGCCGGAGAGUAUGUGUCCUUGGGCAAAGUGGAAGCUGCUUUAAAGAACUGUUCCCUCAUUGACAAUAUAUGUGCCUAUGCCAACAGUUACCAGUCUUAUGUGAUCAGCUUUGUCGUUCCUAAUCAGAAGAAGCUAACUAGUUUAGCAGGACAGAAAGGGAUCGAAGGAACUUGGGAGGAAAUCUGUAACAAUCCGACAAUGGAGGCAGAGGUAUUAAAGGAGAUUAAGGAGGUAGCAUCCUCAAUGAAAUUGGAACGAUUUGAAAUUCCCAUUAAGGUACGGCUCAGCCCGGACCCCUGGACCCCUGAGACGGGUCUGGUUACAGAUGCCUUCAAGCUGAAAAGAAAAGAACUGAAGAACCACUAUCUAAAUGAUAUUGAGCGGAUGUACGGAGGAAAGUAGUUGCAAAGUUUCUACACCACUUUGGACUGUUCAUUUGGAUUGCUGGUUUUAUUUGUCCUUGUUAUAUUUUGUUUUCCCCUGUCAGACUAGGGGACGCCUUUCUACAGACUGGAUAAGCAGUGUAUCUAUGGAACUGUUUUGACUAUGCAUGUUUGUUUAGUUACAAUUGAAGAAACCUGGUAUUUAUAUAUUUUUCUUUAAUUGCACACAAGUGUAAAACCACUGACAUACAUGAAUUCAGAAAGGAUAUUUAUUAGAACAAAAUGUGUACAUACAAUAGGCACCACCUUUACUUGAGAUGGACAAGUCAUUUAUGUAUUUCUAGAAAUAAUUGCUGGUUUAUGUGUAUGUGAUUAUAUUUUGUUAUGUGUAUGUUCCCAUUUGUUAUAGAUUCUGUUAAACCCUUAAAAACAAGAUUAGUGUCAAGAUCGUGACUCACUUCUAUGGGUGACAUGCUGUUGUGUAUUAGCAGGACGACUGAACGCCACCUAUAAAAAAAAAAAAAAAAAAAAAAAAAAAGCUCACCACCUAUAAUCAGACCCUUAGCUGUAGUCUUUUAACAGGACUUUUUAAAAUCAUGACCUCAACAGGCCAUUAUAUUGUCACUGAGUCUUAUUUUACCAGGUUGAUCGAACAGCUUGUCAGCAACCAAUCAGUGCUCAGCUUUCAGGUUAAAGCUACUAACCCUUUAACCCCUUGGAGCCAUCAGUUGGACAUUUACAGCUAAUACCCUGCUACAAUAGCCAGGAUCAGAGAGAACUACAGCACUGACUGUUUAACACCUUAGAUGUUGCAGUCAGUAGUGACCACAGCAUCUAAGUAGUUAGAGUAAGGAAGCUCUUGGUCAACCCAUUGUACAGGUAGCAUUGCAGUUUAUAUCAGUGAUCGAAUAAUCUCAUGGUCAAGUCCACUGGUUUGGCUCUUGGCAUAUGAUGCAAAAACACAACACAAACACUUCAAAAGUGCUUUAUUGUACGCAAGUGGUAACACAUUAAAAACUGUAUAUAUUUUUUAUUUCCAACAUAAAUCAGACCUAAAAAUAUGGAAAAUUUGUUUACAUCAUGAAGCUAGAACUGCCUUUUGUGCCAAGAGGUGAAAGCUGUGCUGUGAGGGGCUGCUAUGGGCAAUACAAUCUUUAGACUUUUUUGAUGAAUAAAGGGGUUAUCCAGGAUUAGAGAGAUUCUUUAACACCUCCACACCUGCCCUCGUGUUGUGUGUGGUAUUGCAGCUCAGUUAUAAUACCACACAAAAUCUGAGGACAAAUAUGGUAUUUUAGGAAGAAGCUUUGCUACAGGAAAAAAAUAUUAAAUUUAAGUUCUACUCUGAUCUCCCUUUUAAGAAGCCAGGUGAGCAUAAAUAUAGAUAACUUAAUGGUAGGUUCCAUUUAGAUACUGCCUGAACCAGGACAGCAUAACAUACUGAUGGGCGCUCUUAUCAGACUAUGUUCUGUAUAACAUCAUCCAUGAACAGGGCUCCAAGUCAUUGGUGCGGACCCCAGCAGCUUGAUUAAUAAAUCUUAUUUGCAAUUCGGGAAAGAUUUAUCAGUCACGGUCGUCAGACCACCCUAAUGUCUGAGCCCUGUUCCCAGCAGCAUGAAACUAGUGACAAGUCCCUUUUUAAUACAUCUAUUUUUAAAAAUCUCACUGGGACGUCUUCAGCAAACCUAAAAUAUAAUUGUCUGGGUGCCUGAAUGGUCGCCCUGCAGUUUUUAUAGUGCAUUCCUAAACAUAUACAUUGCAGUCCUUAAUAAAAAAAUAACCCUUAUUAGCACCAAGACAACGAAACCAAGCAAACAUGUGCGUACCAUUUGUCGAAUGAAUAUGUAUACCUUUUAUAUGCUGUUACUUGUAAGCCACUACAUAUCUGGACUGCCAUUAUUCCCAUCAUGCUACUUUAUAUCAUGUACUUCAAUCCAUUUCAUAUGGGAGGAUGACUAGAUUUAAACCAAAAUAUCCCAAAGAUAGGAGUGUAAAACUACGGGUGUUACUAAAAUAAAUCACUAGAAUGUUUCUUUUAUCCAUUGUGUGUAUAUAUAUAUAUAUACUGGAAACUCGACAUGUAUUGUGCAUUGAGAUAAUCCAUGGUUAUUAGGGGCUGCUGCACUGCUGGCUAUAUAGGCCAACAAUUCUCCCUAGGAUUUCUCUAUGGAUUUUAUUUUUACACUGUUUCCUAUGACAUAAUGUUGGUAACCAUCUGUAGUUAGUGGUUUACAUGGAAAACAUAUACUGUAAACAGGGUAAGGCUAGCUGAGAACCACAACCCCCAGUAUGCCCUGCCAGUGGCUGGAAAGAUCUUGGCUAGACUCUACUCUGCUUAAAAAAAAAAAAUGGUUAAAAAAAAGUGAUGCCUCUUGAUUCAAUGUACCUUGCACUUUUUUCUUACAUUAAUUUAGUGGUGUUGAAAUGCUUUGUACAGUUGUCGGCUAGCCGCUUAACGUGUACCUUUUUAAGAUCUUAAAGUAUUUAUUAGGGAGAAUCUAUUUUGAAGCUUAUUUAAAAAUCCUCUGUAUAUGAUGACCACAAAUAAGUCUUUGUAUUGUCACUGUAUGAAGGUGAUGGGUUAUGGGGAAUUCUUUUGUAUACAUUGUUGUUGUCGGGAAAUUGCUGUUAUUUUGCUGUCUUCUGUGGCCAUUAUUGGCUAUAAUAUUUUGGCUGUAUUUCAUUGUAAAGCUGUGGACCGGUUCAGACAAUCUAGGGUGCCAGUUACAUAGUGUUAACUAGACUUAUGGUUAGCGAGACACAGGCUACUAAAUUAUGUGUUAAAGUCAAAUGAUAAAAAUGACUCUAGGCUCGUUCCCUGCCAUCUUGUCAUGUCAGUUGUGAUAAAGGUUGGCUAGUUUAUCAUAAAUAAAUUGAUAGUUAAAUGGAAACAAAUGGUAUAUUAUACAGUAUUCAGAUCUUCCUUUUCUAUGUUCUCCCAUAUUCUCACUUCUAAAAAAGCCAGCCUAGAUUUAUUUCUAUAAAAACCUGAUCAAUCCUGCAGGCUGACAUGGUAUGACUACCACCAAUCUACUGUUCUGUCAUUUUAAGACCCAAUAGUUACUAGAAAUACAUGGAACUUAUCAUGCAACAUUUUGAAGAGGAAAAGGCAUGUAUAACUGGCAGGUCUUCAAAGAAGACCUUUCUGUUCUCCAGACCUGUCUAUUUUAGUAACUUUCUCAUAUUCCUCAUCACAUAAUGUUUCUCAUAGAGGCGCUUUGUUGUUGCUCUGUUAU